AUGGAUGAGCUAAAAGGGGUUGUUUUCAAUCUCGAUAAGGACAGUGCCCCGGGCACAAAUGGUUAUACUGGUGCUUUCUUCCAAUAUUGCUGGGAUACUGUGGCCCCUGAUGUCUCGGCAGCUGCCAGAGAUUUUUUGGCUGGGACCUCGAUCCCGAAGGGCAUUGCUACUAAUAGGUUGCGAACUGUCAUCCCGAGCAUUAUAUCUCCGGAGCAAUCGGAUUUUUAUCCAGGACAAAUGAUGGCGUCCAUUGACAAGAAAGCCCGCAGGCAUAAUUGCAUUUUCAAAUUAGACAUGAUGAAGGCCUUCGACAGAGUGUCAUGGUGGUUCCUUAGGCGGCUGCUCCAAAAGUUUGGUUUUGGUUAUAGAUUUAUUUUGCUAGUUUUGAAUAACCUCUCUCAGAGCUGGUUCUCUGUGCUGGUGGCAGAUGGCAGUAUCGCCCAUUAUGCACUGCCGAGGGGCUGCAUUCGUAUCACACACUUGUCCUUCGCGGAUGAUGUUGUGAUCUUUGCUCGGGGGGAUAGGCGAUCUGUGGUGAACCUGGUCCGAUUUUUAACGCUCUACCAAGAGGGAGCGGGGCAGAGGAUUAACAACCAAAAGAGUUUCUUUAUAGUAUCCAGGCGAUGUGGCGCUGGCCAAAUACGUCGCAUCCAACACUUGACGGGCUUCAAACAGGGUUCUUUCCCUUUCUCUUAUUUGGGAUGCAACUUAUAUGUUGGCCACCGGAAAAAGGAGUUCCUCCAAUUCCUAGUUGAAAAAUUCAUUGCUAAACUAGCGGGCUGGCAGAAAAAGUUCCUCUCGCAGGGUGGUCGCUUGAUCCUAAUCAAACAUGUUCUCUUAGCCAUACCAUCGCACGUGCUGGCUAUCAUGGAUUCCCCCAAGGAGGUGAUCAAACGCCUCGAAGGGCUCAUGGCAAAUUUCUUUUGUGGACAAUCGGAGCUAGGUCCUAAGCAUCAUUGGUGCUCUUGGAGGAAUUUAUGUUAUCUAGUGAAUGAGAACGGACUUGGGGUGGGAUCUUUUGAGGACAUCUUGGGGGCGUUUAGCUGUAAAUUGUGGUGGCGGUUUUGCAAUUCAACCUCCCUGUGGGCCAAUUAUAUAAGGUCUAGCUAUCCCAUGGACAGUGGUGCCCGGCCUAAGGCUUCCAGAGUUUGGAGACGAAUGCUGGCUAUUCGGGACAUGGUGGACCACUUCACGCAGGUUAUAGAUCUAGAUGGCAGGGUUUAG